ACAAGAAGCAACCAUGACCACGACGGCCAGUACACAGGUGCAGGAGGAGUACAAGCCCCUUACCGCAGAUCUUCCCCCCCCCCCCCGCCGAGGGGCGACAUCACCACGCCGGUCCUGUUUUCCCAUGAAUUUGACCAAGGCACCAAUGGAUACAUGUUCAUCAAGAACCCACCGCCAGCCGGUGUGCUGUACACCAACAUCCGCCCUGCCCCCUCCAUGGUGACGGUAGAAGACCUCCGUGACAAGGAAGACAGCGUCACCCUCGACCAUGACUCGCUGCAGAUCCUGCAGGGACUGACAGACAUGCCACGCAGCCCAGCGGUUGACUGGGACUCAGACACCAGCAUCGAAACCACCUUCUACCCGGCGGUCGAGGCGGCCAUCAAGAAUGCAAUCUCGAGGUCACACACCGUGCACAUCUUCCGCCACGGCAUCCGGCACGGCCUGUCCCACCAAACCGGUCCCGCGGCAGUCAACCGAGUGCUAAGGCACAUGGGUCCGGUCGACGGCCCGCGCUUGCUGCAGGGACGGUACCGGAUCGUUCAUUUCUGGACGCCCCUCAACGGCCCCGUCUAUACGUGCCCCGUGGCCGUCGCCAGCUCGGCCACUGUCAAGGAUGAGGAUAUUCGCAUCUUUAUUAGUCAUCUCGGUGGGGUCGGCGGCCUGGGCAUGCCUUUGGGCCGGCCCGUGGCAAAGCCGGAUCCUGCCGAGCAGUACCGCGAAGAUUUUGGGGCUCCGCGGUACGCGGAAGGACAGCGAUGGUUCUAUUUAAGUGGGAUUUCACAGGAUGAGGCGAUGCUAAUUCAGAUCUUUGACUCCAAGGCGUUGAUGAAAGGAAGCGAAGUAAAGGGGGGUCGGGCAGUCCAUUCGGCCUUCCGUGACCCUAGGACACCACAGGGUGCUCCCGAUUGUUGGAGCAUUGAGGUCUCCUGUCUUGUUUUUAGUGACGAGUGA